CGUCUUUGUAGCUCGGGAACAUAACUGUUGGGAUUACCGUUGUGUCGGUUGCUUUGAUCGUAAUUAACGGAACUUAUAAGAUUUUUUUCGAGCGCAGUACAAGUUCCGAGGUCAUUCACAUUAUGAAUCGCGGAAUAUUUUGUGGAAUAUUUAUUUUUAUUUUAAUCCAAUGUACGAGUUCUAUGAGACUAAAUUUAUCAAGUGAUGAUAAACGUCAUGCCGUUCGUUCUGUAUCAGCGAGUAUUAAUCAAUUUUCUUCAGAAUUUUAUGAGGCUGUAUCUAAAGAUGUAGCGGAUAACUUUAUUUGCUCUCCGUUGAGCGCAGCGAUGGUGCUGAUGAUGGCGUCUUAUGGAGCUCGGGGUAAAACUGCUGAAGAAAUGACCAAAGCUCUCCAUCUCAACCAUGAAAAUUAUGUCCAGAAAACUGGGAUCAAUUUUUUGAUCGAUAAUUUUAAUACGAUUGAAAAAGCUCAAGUAAAAUUAGCGAAUAAAAUUUUCGUGACUAAAGUCGUGCCGAUCAAGCCUUCGUUUAUAAAUAUUACUGAGUCAACGUUCAGAUCUGUUGCAGAGAGUCUUGAUUUUAUGAAUGCUGAAGCUUCCAGUCAAAUUAUUAAUAAUUGGUGCGAAAAAGAGACUCAUUCACGAAUUAAAGACGUUGUACAACCUGGAGAUUUGAAUGCAGACACUGCGCUUGUUCUUGUAAACGCUGUUUAUUUCAAAGGAAUAUGGGCUGAUAAAUUUAUUGAGAAUGAAACUCAUCCAAGGACAUUCCACCUGGAUGAACAAAGAACUAAAAUGGUGCCAAUGAUGCAUAGAUUAGGAAAUUAUCGUUACGGUAUACUUCCCGAAUUGAAAGCCAGAUUUAUUGAAAUACCUUAUGAGAGCACUGACGAGACAGAUUCACUGAGUAUGAUUAUAUUCCUCCCUGAUGAAAUCUCCGGGCUUGGUGAUAUCGAAGCAGGUCUUCAUAAAUUAAAAUUCGAGCGACUUUUGUCUGGAGAACAAUUUGAAAUAGACUUGUUUCUGCCUAAAUUUAAAAUAGAAAGUAAAAUCGACCUUAAAAAGCCACUUAACGCCCUUGGUAUGAACCAAAUGUUCGAAGAUACCGCUAAUUUCACGGGAAUAAUGGAUGUUCCUCCGCUGAAAGUAAGCAAAAUAGUUCAAAAGUCUUUCAUUGAGGUCAACGAAGAAGGCAGUGAAGCUGCUGCUGCUACAGGCUUAGAAAUCACAUCGUUCUCCAUACAAUAUCCAUUUGAUUUUCGUAUCGAUCGUCCUUUCUACUACUCAAUCAUUAAACGACUUGGUGAUCUAGAUGCAGUGACACUUUUUUCUGGACACUGUACUUUCGAAGAAAGUAUUUGAUCUUCAAAACAGACUGGGAUUCAGUGAUAGUUCACUGAAGAGAGCGCAUUUCAAUGUAGACAGACCAUUUUUCUUCCAAAUUGUAAGCGAGCACAUUGUUCUUUUCAGUGGUCAUAUUAAAGAUAUA